CAUCACUUUACCCUUUUCCUCUUACUCCUUCUCAUUGUCCCAAUCCAGCCUCACUCGCCUGCCUUCGCUCACAAGCAUGGGCAAUCCACUGCCGGUCAAUUUGGCCUCGGAGUGUAGGAAGGCCGACAAGAUCCUCAAGGAUUUCGUCGACCCCGUCAAUGGCCUGGAUCGCAUUAUCCCCCUCACAGUUCUACGCCGAGCGAAAGGCUUUGCAAUAUUCUCCAUCUUUCGUGUCGGCUUCCUCUUGACAGCCCGUGCCGGUUCAGGCGUAGUCGUCGCCAAGCUACCAGACGGCUCAUGGUCUGCUCCCUCCGCCUUGGGCAUCGGCGGUAUCGGUGGAGGAUUCAGCGCUGGUGCUGAGGUGACGGACUUCAUCGUUGUGCUCAAUUCGAGGGCAGCCGUCAAGAGCUUCAUGGCCACGGGAAGCUUGCAGUUGGGUGGGAAUUUGAGCUUGAGCGUGGGACCAUUGGGAAGGUCAGCGGAGGCUGCCGGCUCAUUGAGCAGUGGGGGUGGCGUGGCGGCUAUGUUCAGCUAUUCUAAGAGUCAGGGACUUUUUGGAGGCGUCUCACUGGAGGGAACCAUACUCGUGGACCGCUCGGACGCAAACGCCAAAGCAUACCAUCGCUCGUGCACGGCCAAGCAAAUCCUCUCCGGCUCCCUCGACGUACCCGCCUUCGCCUCUGGCCUCAUUGGCACAAUCGAGCGGCUCUCCCUCACAGGCGCCAUGUCCCAAGCAGCCCGCGCUGAUGAGAUCGAGCCCGGAGCAGGGAGGGACAGCUGGAGCAUGGACGAGGGCGAUAGAGACAGCUUUGAUCGAUACGAGCAGCGCAGGGGUGGCGAGAAGGAAUCAGGUCUGGAGAAUUACUUCUCGCAGGCUGAGCUUGAUUCGCGACAACGCAAGUAUGAGCGGGGACAGACGACUCCCGGCGGUGGCGGAAGGGUGACUACGCCUAUGGCCUCUUCGUCCUCACGGCAGGAUCUCGCGAGUAGACAGUCGCCUCGGGGUGGUCCGCCGUCCAAUUCCACGCGCGAUCCAUUCGCGGCAGCAGAAGAUGAAGACGAUCCAGCGUAUAGCCUCGACCGUGACAACGCCCUUCGGAAUGCGGGGACGUACGGCUUCUCUCCCGGUGGCGGUGGGUCGAUCACCAAUUCGCCCAAGCAAUCUCGCAAAGGCGGCGGAGGCACGCCCAGCGACUACGGCAGCAGCACUCCAACUGGCGUCAGCGGCAGGCAACGAGCAGGCUCACGUGGCGCAAUGGUAGCAGGCUACUUCGACGACCUUGUCUCCUCGGCCACCCCCUCCUCGUCGAACAACAAAUCGCCACGCUCGUAUAGCCCUCUGAAUGGAAAGAGGCCGACCAUGGGGCACCGCAAGUCGUCUUCCACCUUCUCGCUGGGAAGGUUUGGCAAGAGCAAGACCCCACCGCCAGACGCGCUCCUCAAUGGAGCACCAAGCUCCGAUUCGCGCUUCCCGGAGGACUUCUCGCGUCGGGAGGCUAGCAGCAGCAGUGCAGAGGACGAGCUGAGGGAUAGAUUGGGGGCGAUGAGCUUCGACAAUGGCGGUUCUUCGUCCGACUACAAUCCUACUGCCGGCGGACGCAUAUCGCCCUCAGCCUAUCUCAACGGUGGGCUCAAGAAGAUGACGCCGGCAGAAGCCGUCCUAGCAGCAGCUGCGGCGAGAAGCAGUGGCGCUGCUUCAUCCUCCUCGUCGGCAGGUAGGGGUCCAGGCAAUCGGGCCAGCGCGAAUCCUGAUGCCUUUGGCGACUUAUGGGAAUCUGAACGAGAGCGUCGUGGCUCUUCUCGUAUCUCCUCAUCAUCGUACCGCCCGGGGCUCGACGAGCUGGAUCGCGAGCUGCAAAGGAAUGGCAGUAUAAGCAGCGUAGAGUCUGCUCGACGGGCAGCGCCUCCUCCACCACUUGCAGCACAUCGUGCCUCCUCGUACGGAAGUUCCAGCUUCAGCGACGCCAAGGUCAGCCGUCCCCAGUCUUCUAGCCCCAAAUUUGGCUUCCGCACAGGCAGCGGAGGUAGGGAUCGCUCCAACUCAGGGUCAGCGGGUGGGAUCCUUGGAAGCUUCAGAACGAACAGCGGUGGGCCUCCUACUUCGAAGGCGGCUUCCUGGCUCGCAGGGGGUGGCGGUGAGAGGGGCAGUAAGCUCCAACACCAGACGGACGUCUGGGCUGGAUACGAGGAUUCGUCGGAGAGUGAAGAUGGCGGGCAUGGCCGCUAUGGUGGGGCAGGCUACGAGCCGCGAAGCAACGCAGCGUGGCGCCCACCGAGCCGCACCCAAUCCACCACGCCUAGGGCGACGAGUGCGGCUGCCGCUCGUGCACGCGUGCCAUCUUCCGUAGCCGAACGCUCGCCCUUCGACAGCAAUGCGGGCGGAGACGCUUCCAUCGCCUCGUCCCCUCCCAGCUCCACCAUCCAACCGCGCAUAUCCUCUCUACCCCUCAGCGACGCAGUCGUCGUCACUCCUUCGGCCACCUCAUCGAAUCGUGUUCUGGCAUCCUUCGACUUUCCUGGCCAAGAGUCGACCGACCUAUCCUUUGUUCGCGGUGACGUGAUCCUGGUACUGAGGAGGACCGAGAGUACCAAUGAUUGGUGGUUGGGGGAGAAUGAAAGGACGGGCGAGCAGGGCAGUUUCCCUGCUAAUUUCGUUGAAGGGGUCGAGUGAGCGAGAUGAUCAGCGAGGCAGUGUACGAUACGAAGUUUCGGAGAUAGACGAAAGGGGACAGCUUGCAAUGGAUCUCUUCGCUGC